UCUAAGAGUCUUGAGGUUACGCGUCCAAUUGAGCGACAAGUUUCGCAGGAAAUUAUAUAGAACUAAUCAUUGAGCAGCGAUGAUUCAUUUUUUCAUGUGAGCUUAUGAAAGAGUGAGGAUACCUCAAAGCUAGUCACGAUGCUACCGAAGUACUGCAUUGUAUUGGCCAUCUUUUUCAAGUGCGGAAUUUGCGACUAUGGGAGAAAUAUUUCACGGGAACUGAAUGGCACUGUCAUUGAUAGCAAGACACUGACGCAUGUAGAGGGUCCUUACUUGGUCACCAGUGACUUGGUUGUCGCAGAGAAUGCCUCUCUUAUCAUAGAGCCUGGUACUCAGAUAAAUUUUGUUCCAUCUGUGGGGGUUCGUGUUCAUGGAUCACUACAUGCAAAAGGGACACCCUCACACAGGAUUACUUUCCGAGCGGUUCCUUGCAAUGAAUCACUUUCAUGCAAGAACUCAGCCAUACCUUACAAUCAAGGGAUACGUCUUGUUGGUGGAACCUCCCAUAACAACGGCCGUUUGGAGCUACAGUGGAACGGACAGUGGGGUACUAUCUGCGCCGAUCUUUGGGACCUUAGAGAUACACAAGUGGCCUGCAGACAGCUUGGCUUUCUCAGAGCAAAGAGGUAUUACCUCCACCCUGGCGCUGGCAGUGUAUACUUGAAGUACGUUGAGUGUACCGGAAAGGAAGACAGCAUUUGGGAUUGUCGCUAUUCCUGGGUUUCGUAUUGGCCUUGUGCUCAUAGUCAGGACAUCGGAAUCGAGUGCGACAUUCAUUUGCCUAUCUUGGCUCAGAGGGUCUACUGGAAAGGUAUCUAUUUCGCACCAAGAAACUCCACCAAGAAUCACAGAAACUCGUCUUUGGAGAACGUAGACAUAGAGAACGCUUUUGACGGCAUAAAAGCGAAGAGAGAGGCCCCUGACUUACACGGCGUUACUAUUAGGGAUGGCGCCUAUGGACUGCAGGUACAGGAACUUGCCAAACCUAUGGAAAUUGUCGACUCCACGAUCUUGAGUCCAGCGAUGAUCGGUGUAAACAUCGAGAAUUUAUUUGGCAAUGUUACUAUGCGCAAUGCCAGCACAAAAAAUACAAGGUUUGGAGAUGGACUUGUUUACACGCGUACAGCAGCAGAUCUAUGUUCCGUCUUUCCGCAGAAGCUUUCUUUCCCAUUGCUUUUAAAUGCAGUUGCAAAGACCUCUCCAACUAGGUGCAGCCAGAUUUUCAAAGCGUCACCUGGAAGAAGACUCACCGUACAUUUUACGCUGAUCGAAGGAUACGGAUUUCAACUUGAUAUUGUAGAUGGAAACACAAAAAACAAAACGAUAAUCAGCAAAAUCACAGACACUCACAGUGGAAAGACAUUCACAAUUAGUUCUAGUUCUGUUUCGGAAUUUAUUUUUUAUUCCCAGUAUGGAAUUUAUUUUCGAGGUAACUUGAAGAUGAUCAUCGUAGAGGAUUCAGUUCUGGAGCCAUCAAUUCUGAUCUCAAACUGUGAAUUUUCCAACAAUUCUGAGUCCGGAAUUGAACUUAACGAUGUUAUAGGCCUAUCUGAAAUUUCCCGUACAGUGGUGACAGGAAACAGUGUCGGUCUACAAGUGAAAAACGCGAGAGGUAGACUGCAUGUUGUGUCAUCAGUGUUUGAAGCCAAUCAAAACGACGGUGUAGAGAUGAAUACUAUGACAGGAUCUGUACAAUUUGAAUCUGUCAAUUCAUCGAAAAACCAAGCAUCAGGAAUAACAAUUGAUACAGGAACGUUUUCAUUCCAAAUGACCGAGAGUCGCAUUGAAGAUAAUUCUGUGCGGGGGUUGUUCAUUGUAAACCAGCUUAACUCCACCUUCAAUGUUUCUAACACACAUUUCAGUCGAAACAAAGCAGGCCAUGGAGUUUAAAUGACUGACUUCACUAAAGA